UGAAUUGUGGCGGGCGAUGGGUGGAGGUGAUGAUUUGUCCGUCCACGUGCUGCGUUUACUCCUCGCCAAGCUGGACCAUCGGGCUGAGACGGAGAGCAGCUCAGCGGAGGACACCGCAGCAUUUGAGCCACUGGCAGCAACCUGUGCUGCUUUGGAGAUUGUCAGCACCCUGCAGUGUGGCCAAGUGCUGAGGGACAUGCUCCCAGCCAUGCUGCGUGCUCUCGUGGAGCAAACAAGCCACACCGUGGGGCAAAAAAUGCCAGCGCCCGGCGGGAGCCUUUGCAGCAUUACAGAGGGCCAAGUCCACGUAGUGGGCAACCCUUGCAGGCUUUCCAUGGAGGCCCUGGCCUGCGCCAUUUCAAAGGGCAUAGGGGAAAGUGUGGCCGCAUCCCUGUGCAAGGAGGGAACGUGGCCCUUGCUUGAGUGCCCAGAGACACACCACGAGGGGGUGUGCCAGCUGGCCAGGGCUCUGCUGCCGUCGGGCAUGGUAACGCCCAGUUUUAUCAAAGAGAUCCUCAAAUGGGUGCAGGCUGCGUCACCAAAGCUGAGGCUCACAGGGACAGCCUUCCUCAGCCAGCUUACGAGUGACCCGUCCAUCCAGGACGAGGAGCUGCUGAACCCAGCCCUUCUUCUGCUGGUGGAACGAGCCAAGGACGGCAAUUACGCUGUUCGGCAGAUGGCAGCCAGGGCCCUGGGGAACGUGGCACAUGGUGCCCCUGGGCAGCUGAAACACCACCGGACCCUCAUCCUGGACACCCUGGUCCAAGCCUCCUUCGUGCCAUCUUCAGAUGAGCUAAUGACAGAGGGCAUGAUAUCUCUGGACAAGGUCCUCAGCCAGUUAGGGACCAGAACAGGGCCCGUCGUUUUGGCUGUGGGGACGCACGUCAGAGCCUUUUUCGACCAUAAGGAUGAUGCCCUGCGCAAAGCCUCAUUUGCCCUGUUCGGCACCUUGGCAGGGUGCCUCAGAAAAAGAUGGCACACUUGGUACAAAACCCAGGUGAGGCAGAGCUGGGCAGCGCUGCUGCUGCACCUGCAGGACCCCAACAAGGAGGUGGCCAAGGAGUGCAGAAGAGCUGUGGGCCUCUGCUGCCCUUACCUGGGGCUCAGGAGGGUGCAGGGAGUCCUGGCCUUUUAUGUGCAGGGGUCAGGAGAGGUGCGGGUCAACGUCCUGCUGCGAGACCUUUGCAGGCACUUGGUCAAAGAAAAACCGGCACUCCUGGAGGGUCUGUGCUACAGGACCAGGAGGUAUUAUACCAGCUCCUGGCCAGAGAUCCGGGCAGCAGCAAUAAAUUUUACUGGUGAGAGAGGAUGCCUGGUCCCUGUGCGUUUCCCCCACCCCCACGAGGAAUGGGAAAGCUGCAAAUCAGCCUGUGCCUCAGGCUCCCCAGAAAGCAUUGGGAAAGCAUGAUGCUCCCAGUGUUGCACGGCUGGUGUGGAGGGGGACUGAAC